CAAUGAAUCAGCUCGGCGAACCAACCAACCACAACAUCCAAAACCUGAGCUACAAAUCUACUCUAAAACCUGAAAGUAGAAAGCCAGCUGAGAGACCAGAAACAUUCUGAAAGAAGCAAAUCCUGGAGCAGCAACAGGCAUGUGGAGAAUGUCCCAGAGCAGCACACGGGCAGCGCGUCCCGGAGCAGCACAAGGGCAGCGAGUCCCGGAGCAGCACACGGGCAGCGAGUCCCAGAGCAGCACACGGGCAGCGCGUCCCGGAACAGCACACGGGCAGCGAGUCCCAGAGCAGCACACGGGCAGCGAGUCCCGGAGCAGCACACGGGCAGCGCGUCCCGGAGCAGCACAUGGGCAGCGAGUCCCAGAGCAGCACACGGGCAGCGCGUCCCGGAGCAGCACACGGGUAUCGAGUCCCGGAGCAGCACACGGGCAGCGAGUCCCGGAGCAGCGCACGGGCAGCAAGUCCCGGAGCAGCACACGGGCAGCGCGUCCCGGAGCAGCACACAGGCAGUGCGUCCCGGAGCAGCACAUGGGCAGCGCAUCCCGGAGCAGCACACGGGCAGGGUGUCCCAAAGCAAUGUACGGGCAGCGACUCCUGGAACAGUGCACGGGCAGCAAGUACCAGGCAGAGACUGUUGCGGAGGAGGCAGCCCUGGAACUUACCUUGGAGCAGCUGAAUGCUGGUACGGAGCGGACUGGGGCUUGGAGUGGAGCAGGGAUGGCUGUUCAACUGGGGUCUGGUGUGAGCAGUCAGACAACUUGCGGAGGCCCUGCACUGAGCUGCUACAAUGUAAUGUAUAUUUGAUAUUUUUUAUCUGACUGUUACGUCAAUCCUUUAAUGAUGUCUUAUUUCUAACUUUAUUUUAAACUCUGUAAAAUAAU